AUGGCUGUUGUAGUGGGUGACAUGGCCCGUUGGAGGCAAGCAGGGCUCGAGACAAGGUGGUCUGCCACAGGUCCCAGUGUUGCCUGGUUGGGCAAACUGUCCUUGGCCAUUGGUAUGGCAAGCGGAAGCAGCGUUGCUAUUGAUGGUAUCUUUACCACCUCGGGUGUUCCGGUUCUUGCUAGUGGCUACAAUGCAUUCGGCAAGUUUGUUGAGGCAGAUCAUUGGGCCCUUUGGAUUGAUAUCAACUUGAACACGGCUUUGGGCAAUUUCAAACCUCAGGAGUCUACCUUCAAACCUCUCAAACUAACCCUUUUGGAUAGGCAGUCGGUUAGACGCUAUCUCCAACUGGUCCACUUGGGUUACAAAGAGUAUGACAUCCCUUCACAUCUUACCAGGCUAAAUCAGCGCAUUGAAAACAAUGAACGGCAGAUGUCACCCUUGUUGGCACAUAAAUAUAACUGCCUCCAUUGGUACGGCGGCUUGCUGAAGACAAUUGUUGCACUACCUCAUCCGGCAAGGUUCUGUGGUCUCCAAAGUUGCAAGGAUUUUGGGACCAAUUGA